CUUCAUAUGAGUGUCAAAAACUUGAUUUGAUGUUUUUUUAAAAAAAUUUCAAACUAAACGAGGCCUUAAUCUAUUUCUAUCUGGCCCAUUAGUAUAGUGCUUACCAAUGAGGUGAUAUGCAUUAGCAGGCCUAACCGUACGACCCGACCGUUCGUUAUCCAUCUACCGAGCACCGGGAGGCGGCGGGAGCUCCAUCUGCGCAAGCUACGCUCUCCACUCCACUCCCACCAUGCUGCUGCUCCAUUCCUCCCCGCGCCUCCUCCUCCUCCUCCGCCACCGCCAUCGCCUCCCCCCGUGCGCCCGCAACCUCCCCGCAGGCGCCGCUUCCCACCCCCUCCCCGCCCGCCUCCUCCGCCGCUCCGUCGCCGCCCGCGCCGAGCCGGAACCGUCCACCCCGGCAGCCGAGCCACCGGACGACGACGGCGAUGGCCCCGUCGAGCUCCGCACCCCGACGCUCUUCUCCAUCGACGAGAACCCCACCCAGCUGCAGACCGCCACCAGCCUCCUCCUCACCGGCGCCAUCUCCGUCUUCCUCUUCCGCUCCCUCCGCCGCCGCGCCCGCCGCGCCAAGGAGCUCAGGGUUCGGUCCGGCGGGGUGGAGAAGCCCAACAACCUGAGGCAGGAGGCCCUGGAGGGGCUGAGGCUGGUGAGCGCGUCCCCCAUCGAGGUCGACAAGCCGCCGUCGCCCGUGCAGGCGCUGCUCGGCGGGAUCGCGGCGGGGGUCAUCGCGCUCAUCCUCUACAAGUUCACCACCACCAUCGAGGCCGCGCUCAACCGCCAGACCAUCUCCGACAGCUUCUCGGUUCGUCAGAUAACAAUAACAAUAAGAACAAUCAUAAAUGGGAUAUGCUACCUAGCAACAUUUGUGUUUGGAAUCAACUCAGUGGGAUUAAUACUGUAUGCCCUCCAGCUCACUUUUGCUUCUAUCAUGGGCGAUGACGAUUCAAGCAGCUCUGCAGGAAAAAUCAACGAGCAGUCGAACACAGCGGCACCAUCUAAUAGCUCCACAAAUGCAACAAGUGACGGUGAAUCAACUAGCAGCGAUAAGAGUAAAAGCUCAACAGAGUAGCUGGAGUGGACCACGCAAACACACUAGCCAAAUCUUGGAGUACAUACAGUCGGAUAAUCCUUGCGAGCAUGUAGUUUUCUUUUCUUGAGCUGUAGUGUCAUUGUAUAGUGCAAAUUUGGACCAAUUGAAUUGCAAUUGCUGUAGUAACAUUUCGGCUGAACAUGUACAAAAAAAUGUAGCAAUGUAGCAUUUCCAUUUUUGGCGUACCCUUGCUGAUACAUUUGGAAAGUUUUUGGCAGAAUCUGCACUUGUACUUGUGGUAAUAACAUUAUCUUUUUUGAAAGAUAAACCCUGGACUGAGUUUCAGUCUAUAAUAAAGAGUCAAAGGAGUUCAGGAUU